UCCAAGUAAGUGGUAGCACGGAGACGGCGCGCGCACACUUAAAACGCUAUCAAUUAAAUGCAAUAAAGCAACCGCUGGUGGCUCUAGCAAGUAACGAACGGGGCGAUCUGAAUUCCCCAAACGGUGCAGUGCAGUGUGGUGCGACGUGGCGUGGCGUUUCGUGUUGGUAUGACGUAGUGUACGGGUACGAUCAACGCGCGCGUUUAACAGACAAAAGUUUCACUUAGCGAAUAUAUUCAAAUUUUUGGAUUAUUAUUGUUUUUCGUUUUUUUUUUUGUUUGUGUUUAAUGAAAGUCAAAUAUUUCGGAAUAUAUCGUGUUGCGUUGGCGUUCGUUUGUUUAACGUCUCCAGCGAGAUUAAUUUUUAAAUUGUCUUAAUUAAGAAGCGUUGACGCAUACAUGUUUGCAUGCGAAUUAAAGUAUGUACAUACAAUCGACUGGCAAAGGAAUAAAAGCGUAACACGCUAAUUGAUUACAAGAAAAAACAACAACAAACAGCAGUAAGCGAGUUCAACACAAAUCCCCUCAUCAACAAAGUAAAUACAAAAUACGUACAUAACCGAUUCACCAAAGAAACGAAGUUCAAAAAUCAAAUAAAUAGUUAAAAAAUUAUUAAAUUUAGUCACAUUUUCAAAAGCAACAACAUCAGCAUCAUUCACGCGUCAUGAAUGCAACAAAAAGCACAAAUCCAACAAAAGAUUUUCCCCACAAACGCAGCGAAUCCAACUCACAUAACUCAAGCGUCGCCGCCAGCAGAAUCCCGACGAUAACGGGCUCAAACAGAAGCAGCAGCAGUAACCUUCUACUUGAAGCAAGCUCGCCCACAAGCAGUCAAAGCCCGAGAGUAGCAACAACGACGACGCAAGAAUAUUCUAGAGUCCCACAAAGUGCGAUGGCAACAAUGGCAUUUGCUGGCGAGGAGAUGGGUGCGGUUGUCUACAAGGAUACAACUAAAUUGAUUUCAACAGCAAUUAAAUUCAUCAACAUCAAUAACAACAGCAACAGCAACAAUAAUGACAAUAGUGGGCAACAUCGAACAAAUAGCCAAACGAGCGGAGGCAACAGCAACAGCAACAAAUCAACAUCAAAAUCGACAGCAACAAGUGAUGUUGACAAAUCAGCAUCAUCGAAGUUUAUUAAUUCUCGCAAUAAAUUGACGACAAUAACGCAUGUGAGGCAACAGCAACAGCAACAAGAACAAACACAACAACAACGACGACAACAGGCCGAACAAAUUUUAUCCACUACAAGGGACCUCAAUCAAAUCAAUUUAAAAUCAUCACUGUAUGCUGAUCAACAAGCAUGCAAUGACAACCACAACAGCAAUAACAAAAAUAUGGACAACAAUCAGCGGAAUGAUAUACAUAAUAAGUUGAAUGCGAACGUCUGCCGCAGCAACAACAACAACCCUAAUAGUCUCAACAAUGAUAAUAAUAAGAAGCAGUUGAGGGAGAUGUGUGAGACAUCGAACAACAGCAACGAAAGUUGUAGCGACGAAGCGUAUGAUAGCGAGCACAACAACAGCAGAAAAUCGCACAAGAACAACAACACUUGCAGCAACGGGAACGUUAACGAGAGCAAUGAGCUUGAGCAGCAGCAGCAGCUUCAGCAGCAGCUUCAGCAGCCGCCCUCUCACCAACACCAACUGAUAACCGCUACAAAGGCGUCCAAACAGACGAUAAAAAUAGUAACAGCCAGCGAAAUAAAAACAGCAACGAAAGUGAGAGCAGAGAAAAUUGCCACAACAGCCAAAGCGGCGGUAAUGGAUACAACAAUAAAACCAACAGCAUCAGCAGCGCCAGCGAAAGAAAGAGCGAAAGCGGCAACGCUCACGCUACGCAAAUCUCUCUCCACGCCAGCAUCAUUCAAAACUGAUGACGUUACAUGCUCGCACAAGAGUAACAAUAGCAAUAACAACUACAACUACAGCCAUGUAGAUAGCAAUGGGCACAGCAACAACGUAAAGCUACUUAUAAGCGGGAAUGCGCAAGAGGAGAUGGCGGAAGUGGAGAAGAUGGAGGCUUUGCGUGGUACUAAAGAUAAUGACAAUGGCGGUGGCGGUGGCGGUGGCGGUGGUAACGGUUGUGGUGGUGACGUUGGCAACGCCGGCAAUCAUGAAAAAUGUACGAAGACAGCAGCAAAAUUCACAAAUACUUCAAUUGAAGCAACAACAGCAACAACUCAAAUUACAACGAUAACUGCAGCGUCAACCUCAACAAAGGCUGCAACAAUGGAUGUCGUAAUGCGUCCGCAAUAUGCCGUGCAUGGCGCGCAACUAGAACAACAACCACAACAACAGCAGCCAGACACGAAAUUAGCAAAAGCAAAAGUUAAUGAUAAUCAAAUCAUUUGCGGCAGUUGCAACGUUACUGGUAGCAAAGAUGUUGCCAGCACGACAAACGCCUCAUCAUCGCUGCCGCUACCCGCUGUCAGUUUCGAUUUGGAUUUGCGAUUUGGUUGUGCGCAUUACAAGCGUCGUGCCAUGUUUGUGACCCCCUGUUGCAAUAAAUUCUACAAGUGUCGCUUCUGUCACGAUGAGAACGAGUCGCAUCACUUUGAUCGUAAGACAUUAACCGAAUUGAUUUGCUCUGAGUGCAACACGCGGCAGAAGGUGCAGGAGCAAUGUGAGGCAUGCGGCACGCGAUUCGGCAAGUACACCUGUCUCAUCUGCAAUUUGUUUGACGAUACCGAUAAGAAGCAGUAUCAUUGCAAUGGCUGUGGGAUUUGUCGCAUUGGUGGCGCUGAGAAUUUCUUCCAUUGCGAAGUUUGCGAUAUGUGUCUGCCCAUACGAUUGAAAAUCGACGGACAUCGAUGUGUGGAAAAUAUUUCGCGCUCUCAUUGUCCCGUGUGCUUGGGCGAUAUACACACAUCACGCAUUCCAUGUCACAUUCCCGAUUGCGGUCAUCUGCUGCACAAGACUUGCUUCGAUCAAUUACUCAACUCCGGACACUACACAUGUCCCAUUUGUCAGACAUCGCUAAUUGACAUGACAGCGCUGUGGGAGUACUUGGAUGCGCAAGCGGUGUCGCUGCCGGUGCCAAAGAAGUAUGAGAACCAACGAAUACAUAUUUUUUGUAAUGACUGUCACAAGACCUCUAAGACCAAAUUCAACUUUAUCGGCUUGAAAUGCAUGCAAUGUGGUGCCUACAAUACAACUCAGGAUGUCAAGCGGCGCAUGUCACUCGUCACAGAUGAACCCUCGUCAGCAUGACGGCACACCCAUUAUUACAUAUACUCUUACAUACACUUGUUGCGUUUGCAAGUAAAAUUGUCGUAGGCAAUUUUCUCCUACUUCGCCGUUAAACACUGGAACUCUUGCCAUUUGAGAUUUGAGUACACUGCUGAAGCGCUCGUUACCGCUAUUCAUAAAUGCGGCGCGCCGUGAAAAUAUUCGAAUUUACAACGGGCGAUAUCUGAAGAAAUUUGUACUCGUAUGUAGACUACUCGGAAAUUAAUUCGAGCUGGCAUCGAAUACAUGAAUCGAAUUGAAUAUGUUAUGUAUUAUCGUAUUGUUAAUAAAUUACAUACAUUUAUAAAAAAUCA